AUGUCAAAGGAUACUUUAGAGAGCGAGAAGAAAAAUAAGCUUCCAUUCCUUCUUGAAAAAUGGCUUUCAUUCGUUGAUUACAUGAGUGCUGAUUUUCUGGGAGGACCCCGUGUUCUAAAGCUUUCUCAUGUUGUUAAUUUUCAAAAGGGUUCUACACUUUUGGUUUGUCUAUUAAUGAUGAAACAGGCAAAUAAUUAUUCUGCAACAGCAACGACCUAUACAGCUCUUCAUGGUGGCUAUGGACUUUGUUGGUUAUUAAAAGAACUUAUUUUUCCUGAUCCAAAAUGGCAAAGAUCUAUUACUAUUGGAAGUGUUUUU